AUGCAAGCAAAGUUAAUAUUUUUGAUUUCAUUCCUCGUUUGCAGCUCGAUUGCUAUGCAAAAUCCUAUUUUCUUGAAUGAAACUUUCUAUCCAGGAUUGGUAAAAAUGUAAAAUGACAGCGACAUUUUCUACAUUUUAUUCGAAUCUCGUAAUAAUCCAUCAUCUGACCCUCUUAUACUAUGGCUAAAUGGUGGUCCAGGGUGUUCUUCUUUACUUGGUUUAUUUUAAGAAUUAGGUCCAUUUAGAGUAACUAAAGAUAUCACUCUUGUAUCCAACCCUUAUUCAUGGAAUAACAAUGCAAGUGUUCUAUUUGUAGAUUAGCCAAUAGGUACAGGAUUCAGUAGCUUAGGUAAAAGCGAAAUACUUAAAACUGAAGAGGAAAUUUCAUAACAUAUGCAUAAAGUUCUAUAAACCUUUUUAUAAACAUAUCCUCAAUACGUCAAUCGUGAUUUCUAUAUAGCUGGAGAGUCAUAUGCAGGCUAAUAUAUUCCUGCCAUAGGUUCUUACAUCGUUAAAACUGGAGAUCUCUAAAUUAAAUUCCGUGGUGUUGCGAUCGGUAAUGGUUGGGUUGACCCUUACUACCAAAGACCUUCCUAUGCCGAAUUUACAUACAAGAACGGCUUGAUAGAUAAAGAAACAUACAAAAGUACAUCAUAGUAAUUUGUAGAAUGUGCAAAAUUAAUUAAAGCUGAAGCUCCUCAUAGCGAAUAAAGCGAAGUAUGUGAACCUCCAUUCACAGAGAUUGUAAUUAAUAGCAGUGCAAAUUUUUAUAACUAUAAAAAACCAUGUUUAGAUAGUACUUGUUUUGAUGAAGAUAAUAAUCUUUAAAAAUUCUUAACUAGAAAAGAUGUGCAAUAAAUCUUAGGAGUUGAUGGCAGAAAAUGGACUUCAUGUGUAAAUAAUGUUUAUGACGAAAUGAUAACUCUAGAAAAUCGUUCUGCAGUUAAAGAUCUUCUUAAUGUUGUUGAAGCAAAUAUUGAAGUCUUAAUUUACAGCGGAGACCUUGAUAUCAUGUGCAACUAUCUUGGUGGAGAAUAAUGGACUCAUAACUUUGAAUGGAAAAACAAAAAUUAAUUUUAAGCUGAAUCAUAUUAGAAUGUUACAAUGAAUGGUCAAGUUAUUGGAAAAGUUAAAAGUGUUUCUAAUUUCUCAUUUCACGUUGUUCAUGAAGCUGGCCAUAUGGUAUCAAAGGAUUAGCCAGAAGCUGCUUUAUAAUUAAUUAAUAACUUUAUUAGUUAAAAAAAAGAUCUUAACCUUUCAAAUUUAUCAGAAUAAAAAUCUUACCUAAACAUUAUGAAUUUCUAGAUUUUAUAUUUCUUAAAUGCUUAUCUUUUGGCUCAUUUUGUAAAUAAAUUAUUAUAUUGA